ACUGUUCUCUACUGGGUCUAUACAUUGUGGUCCUAUCUCUCUUACAAGGUUUGUCAUUUUCUCAAACCAAGCUGCAGAUACACCCCCAAUGGAGGAACAGCUGCAGCAACUUCCUCUGCUUCUUCUACUCCUCCUCCUCAUCCUUCUUCCUGUACUGCAGCUCUGUCGUUUAUUGGUUCCUUUGCAAAUGUCAAAUCCUGAGUUCUUCUCCUUGUGAUCUUUUAGAAUCUGUGCAUAUCUUAAAUUCAGGUACAUUUUUUUCUUCCUUUUCUUUUCUCUUUCUUGAAUCUGUUAGAUUUCCUUCUUUUUUUCCCCCUUUCUUACCUCAUUGCAUCAUCCCCAGAAGCUGCAUUGCUUGCCUUUGAAGCUCUUUGACUUCUUGAUUCCUGAUUCUGCUAGUUUAUGUGGGGAAAAUGGCAUUUGAAAGAUUGUUUUUUUGUGAUGCGUUAUGUGCAAUGUUUCCAUCUUUAUUUUUUGUUUUAAUUUUGGGGCUUUUGAUAGAUUUAUGUUGUUGCUUUUAAGCGGAGAGAGAGCUUAGUUUUCUUUGUGCAUUAUCUCUGUCUGAAGUUGUCUAUAGUUUUUGAUUUGGAAUUCUUGGGUCUUUUAUUUUCAAAUAAAUGUUGCUUUUAAGCUGGAAAAUCCGGUUUUGUAACUGUUAUGCUUCUGCAUUUACAAAUUUAUCAGCACUCAAGAUUGAAAAGGGUUUGAUGGGUUUUAGAAAACUAAAGCUUCUAAAAUGUGGGGUGAAAGCUUUUUCCUUUUCUAGAUUUUAUUCCUCUGGUAUCUUGUUGGGGUUAAAUUGAUCUCUCAAUUUUGCCUCUGGGAAAUUUACUUAUAUCCCCAAAUCUUUCUUACUUUCUGUUAUUUUAUGUCCUUGAAUUGCCCAUUCUUGUGGUAGGUGCACACCAGCUUCUGGGUCCAUCAUCUAUUGCAUAGUAGAUUUCUUUUUUUGUUAAAUCAUUCAAUGUGGUAUAAUAAAGUUAGGUUUUUUCA